AUGAGCUCGUGCACCGAGAAGGGAUACUCGGCGGCCGAAAGCCAGACUGAGCCUGUUUGUCGUACUUUGCCUGUCGCAGACGUCGAAAAGGCAAACGCUGGCAAAAUCACACAAGUUGCCGUCGAGGGAGAAGAUAGAGGAAAUCAGACCAACUCUUUAGGCGGCCUCGAGCGCUGGAACGGAUCACGAAAUAAUACUGCUCGCUUCAUGGUGGUUAACUUUGCUCUGUUUAUCAUGGGCAUGAACGACGCCUGCAUCGGUGUCCUUCUUCCAUAUAUCGAACUAUACUACAACGUCAACUACACCCAAGUCUCGACCCUCUUCAUCGUCCCUUUCGUCGGCUACGUCGCUGCCGCCCUCUCCAACAACUGGAUUCACUACAAAUCCGGCCAGCGUGGCGUGGCGAUGAUUGGGCCCGUCUGCCGCAUUAUCGGCUAUCUGCCCAUGGCACUGCAUCCUCCGUUCCCUGUGUUGCCCGUCGCCCUCCUCGUAGCUGGCUACGGCAAUGGCAUCGAGGACAGUGCCUACAACGCCUGGGUCGGCAAUAUGCACCAGGCCAACGAGCUCCUCGGUCUGGUCCACGGUGCAUACGGUCUCGGUGCCACCAUUAGUCCCCUCGUCGCGUCCGGCAUGGUGACCAAGGCCCACCUCCAGUGGUACACCUUUUACUACGUCAUGAUAGGUUUGGUUUGCUGCGAGUUUGUGACUGGUAUGCUGGUUUUCUGGCCCCACGACGGAGCAUCCUAUCGUAGAAGACUAGCAUACGAUGGCGAAAGUAGGGAGCGCAUUACCACGCGCCGUGUCCUCAAGCAGCCACUGACUUGGGUCGUGGCCAUUUUCCUGCUCGGCUACGUUGGAAUUGAAGUCAGUCUCGGAGGCUGGAUCCCUACCUUUCUUAUAAACGUCCGUCACGCUGAGCCAUUCUUGGCCGGUCUUUCGGUAACAAUGUUCUGGCUGGGCUUGACACUAGGCCGUGUCAUUUUGGGCUUCGUUACCGGUCGCGUUGGCGAAAAGCUCGCCAUAACUGUGUAUAUUCUCCUCAGCAUUGUCUUGCAGCUGUUAUACUGGCUCGUGCCCAACUUUGCCGUGUCAAUGGUCUUCAUCAUCCUUCUCGGCUUCUUCCUCGGCCCUCUCUUCCCAGCAGCCAUCGUGACAGCGACCAAGCUGCUUCCACCCGAAUACCACGUCAGUGCGAUUGGGUUCGCAGGCGGCUUUGGUGGUGGCGGAGCAGCCAUCAUUCCUUUUGCUGUUGGUGCCAUUGCGCAAAGCAAAGGCGUUUCCGUGUUGCAGCCAAUCGUUCUAGCAUUUCUCAUUUUUGAUCUUAUCGGCUGGCUGGUCAUGCCUGGGGGUUUCAAGAGAGGCGGACUGGAGAGAGCACGCGAGGAGAAGACUCCUGUAGGUGGUGACUUUGUACAGGCUGGUAAAUGGGUGGCAGCAAAGGCACAAAUAAACUAG